AGAAUUAUUAUCUCUAGUAGGCAAUUCACGUACAGCUUUAAGAAAAAUUUCUCAUAAAUCAAUAGAAUUCUGGUAUCCUAAUAAACCAACAGCCUCUCUACCGGUCUUACGACAGAAGCGAAGUCACACGAACUAG